UGUAAACAGCUGAGCAGAUUGAGUCAGAGAGUGCCGCAAGCUAGUUACAAGAAGAAAAAAAUCAAGAUCUUUAUUUGGCCAGUGACGAUUUUACUGUAGAGUUUCUGCAACCUCACAGUCAUAGAAUUAGUCACAACAAGAUGUCGAUAAGAGCUGUGGCAGUUGCGUUUACGUUAUUCUUCGUCGCGUCUUUGCUGCAUACCAGCGACGCAGUUUGUAAAAGUCCACGAGGGAGCAAAACUUGGAGAAGGAAGAGCUUAGUGGACCGUGCUAUCCAGUCCGAUAUUGUCAUCUAUGGCGAAGUUUUUAACAGCCCGUGUUGGAAACCUGGCUUUGUAAAACCAACGAAUGCUCCACUCACGACGCCAACUCAAGCUCCAAGCGGCGUCAAUUCCACGAAUACAACAAGCAACACGACAGGGUUCAUUACGACUCCUUCGCCACCGAAGCAAGAAAAUGCAACAGCCAACACGACGACCCAAUCUAUUGUGCCAACCACGGAAGUCCCGUACAACUGUAGCACAGAGUACUAUAACGCGAUUAUCAAGGUUCUAUGUGUGUUAAAAGGAGGCUCAGUGCCUCUACUUAUUAAUCUGGAGGGUCUUGGUCAUGGAGAGGGAGUCUGUUUGGAUGAAUCGUACCACGACCAUCACGCGUAUAGAAUGUUGAAAUAUCUUAUUUUCAUCGGAAGGAAGGAAAUCCCAAAUGAAAAAGGUCAAUUUAGGAUCUAUCCAGUGAACCACCAGCCUGCUCUUAAAGAGAUCGAUGAUGAAACCGAGUUGGAUCCUAUCUUUGAAGCUGUUGGUCGAAAUGCUCACUUGCCUAGCAACAUCGUCAAUCAGAAAGACCAUGUCAUGUGUAAGCCUUACGUGGGUUCUGCGCAUGCGUGCCGUUCGAGUCUUCUAAUGAUCCUGUUCUUGUUUAUCUCAUAUAUAAUGUAUUGACUUUAAAGCUGCACAUCUAGCACCGAUGAUUAUUUUAAAGGAAAGGUUCCCGAUCACAUCACGUUU